AUGCGUCGGGGAUUUAGAGCGGCGUCAAUGGCGUGUGCACAGCCGUGCCAGGCAGUGCCGCUAUUUUCUCCGUUUGGUGAAAACCUCCACAUGUGGCGUUUCUCAGCGCUGGCAUUGCACCACCAACAGCAAUUCCGACGCCUGGCGUCGCUGGUGGCCGGAGGGGCGAGGGACGACAAAAAGACCCUUGUUGCCUGCUCCGUUGUUGCCCACCAACGCCCCGUGUUGGCCUCCCCCACACAAGUCGUGGAUGUCACGUUCUGUGCGACGGGGGUAAAUCACGCCCUCCAUCGCCAAUUCAACGCCGGCAAAACGCUUAAAGGUAUUCUUAAGGGAUGCGCAGAGCAGAACGCGCUUGGCGUCGCAGCUGCAAGUGGUCAACGCUAUUCGGCAAUCACCGACGUGUAUUUAUACGCAUUACCUCCGCAGAAGCCGUGCCCACUCCAUGCCAGCAACAACUUGCACAGUCAUCCCGGUCAUGGAACCAAACCCGUUGAUGAAACCAAUUGCGUUUAUCCAAUAGAAUCCCUAAAAGGGACUGUGUUUCCCUGCCCGGAGUGCUGGCGAAAUCUCUCCACCGUAGCAGAAAUGCGGCACGAUGACGGAGAGGAGGGGCCGUUGAACUUGUUUGUGCAAGCACAAAAUGAGACUUCAGCUAUGUGGAGUGUUUCUGUCGCCAGGAGAUGCCUGAUGUCUUCUCCAACCCCUGCGAUAGUUGUCACAAUAGUGCUCCCCGAAUAA